CAGAUGGAGCACUUUGAAAGAGUAGAGCUGUUAUCUGAAGAAGAGAGUGUAACAAGUAGUGAGCUGUUGUAAAUCAUCUUACGAAUAACUUGAAAAAUUGAUCAAAAUGGCCAUGCGAAAUCUGACAGAACCGUUUAUUUUAAUGCGGAAUAAUGCUUUACAAAGCAAACACAUAUAUGCCGAACAAAAUUUGUCCGACCGAAUGGCACUGGUGGCUUCAGAUUCUGGCACUUCAGAUAACGUCGAAUUAAAAAAUAUUAAUUUGGAAAAUAACGCACCACCUGUAUGGACAGAUGCUCUAGAGGAGACGCAAUAUAUUUUAAGUAGAUUACGUGUCAAAAUCGAGAGCUUAGUAGAGUUACAUGCUAAACAAUUAACUAGACCAACAUUAGACGAUACAUCACAGGAAGAGAGACAAAUGGAACAACUGAUACGAGAAAUAGGACGCGCAUUUUCUAAUGGUUAUCGUCAAGUACAAAGCAUAAAAACUGCAGUAAGGCAUGCUAGCAGACCUGCAGAACGUCAGUUAGCCAUAAGCGCGAUAAUGGCUCUUUCAACAGCUUUACAAGAGCUGGGUCUUCGAUACAGAUCAGCUCAGAAUCAUUAUUUAACACAGAUCAAAUCGAGGGAAGAGAGGAGUAAUCAAUUUUUUACCGAAGAUCAGUCGAUAUUCUUAAAUAAUACCGCGACGGAUACAUGGCUAAUGGAGUCGUACGAAGCGAAUUCAGAUUCUUGGUAUAAUACCGAACAAAGACAAGAGUCUGUACUUUUACAACUGGAGGAUCCAGAAGAUAGAAUGAAAUUAACUAUGGAAAGGGAAGAACAAAUUGGCAACAUAGUGCAAAGUAUAGUGGAACUUAGACAUAUAUUCAAAGAUUUGGCAACUAUGGUGCAGGAUCAGGGUACCGUUUUGGACAGAAUCGAUUAUAACAUUGAACAGACCCAAGUACAAGUGCAGGAGGGUUAUAAGCAAUUAAAAAAGGCAGACUCUUAUCAAAGAGCUAACAGAAAAUUAUAUUGUAUAGUCGUACUUGCGGGAGCUAUUAUUUUAGUUUGUUUUCUUUUUGUCGUUUUUAAAACAUGAAGCGACACUUUCAUUUUAAUUACACGUUUACAUCCUAAUACACAAUUAGUUGUCAUCGAUUAUUCCUGAAGAACGGGGGGUGGUAUUUACCGCGUAUAGUUUCAGCAGGCAAUAUUUUUCGAUGAAAUUCACGAAAACUUCAGUUUGCAAGUAAAUAAGGGAAUAGUAAUGUACAAUUAAAUGAAUUCAAAUUACGAACGCUAUUAUUUCGAUGUAUGUACCGAAUAAGAUUACAUUAUGUAUAUUGCUCCAAUACAUGGAUCCACUGUAAAUAAUU